CAUUACCAAGGUUUUCUUACAACAGUCUUACGCAUAGGAGGGAAAGCACACGAAAGCGAACACUUGUACGACUCACAAAUAUGAAAGCAGUAAAACGCAUUUAAAAUAAAAACCUGAAGGGAAAUACAAACAAAGCGAAACCGAUUUUGAAUACACUUAGAUAGCAGCAGGAUCGACUGUGCGGGGAAAUCUGGAAUAAGGCCUAGUCCAUUUGCCAGAAGCACUCACCAGUAGUAGCCUUUCCCGGACCGCACACAGCAGCAGGAAACACCCUGAACUGUUACACCGCGUUCUAGAACCCCUUCCACCACGAAUCACUCACUUAUUGGCUGCCUCCACGUCGCGUCGCUGAUCCAGCUCGAUACAGCGUUCUUUGUGAUUUCACUUCCGCAUUCAGGGUUCCUGCGCGUUCCGCUGCUCGCCACUACCUUGGUUCUGUCGCAAAGAAAUGCCUAGGUAUUGCGCGGUUGCCCGCUGCUCUAAUCGAAGUGGCCAGUUGUCAUCUGAUAAUCAGAAGUUGGGCUUCUACCCGUUUCCAUUGCAAAACAAAGAAAGACUUAACAAAUGGAUCAAAAAUAUAAAGCGUGACAACUGGUUCCCCACUAAGCAUCAAUGCAUAUGUAGUGAACAUUUUACUGCAGAUUCAUUUGAAUGGCGCUGGGGUAUCCGUUAUUUGAAGCCGCAAUCUAUACCAACUGUUUUCUCAUUUCCAAAUCAUCAGCAGAAGAAAAAACUGUGUUCUCGAUAUAUUCGUAGGAAAAAUAAUUUUCCAAAAGAAGCAUCAGAAACAAACCCACAAAUCUUUGUUCCUGCUGCAAGAGAUGAAAAACCAACCAAAGAAAGACUAGAAUCAUCAGUUCCUAGUGCAGAGCGUGAUGAGCAAUCCCAAAGGAAUUCAGAAGUUAACACUGCAUCUGAGUCACAUGGAAAUCCAGAACAACCUUUCAACAUCACAUCAACUGAACCCUUCACAACAAUAAAAGAGCUUGAAACAAACCAACUGUUUAGUGAUCAGCAACCCAUAGUCCCUGAAAAUGUUCUACAAGUUGAGCAUUCAUAUUGUAGACAGGAUACUGGUAAGGCCCAACUCUGGGAAAAGAUUUUCAGAUUACAAGAGAAGAUUAAAAAACUUCAGCAACAAGAGCAGGGAACUGCAGCAAAGCUUAAAAAAAUGGAACAGCUAAUUGAGCAUCUGAGAAAACAGGAUCUUACUUCCGAAGGAAAAAUGAAGGUUAUGGACAACUCUUUGACAACAUUUGAGUUAACAGUGUUACAAUAAAUGUAACAUUUGAUUAUAAUUAAGGAAAAUUCUUAUCAUGGGCAUUGUGUUCUUCUGGACAGCAAAAACCUAUCUUUAAAAAUGUAGUACCUUCCACAAUCUUCAAAAUAAUUCUGGAACUUGCUGUUACUUGGAUUACUCAAUAAGGAGUUUGAUUUGCAGAAACAAUCAAAGGUAUAAAUGAUGACCAAUAACUAAUGUAAUGCCAACAAAACUUUAAGGUAAUCAUCAUGAAGUCCUUCUCAAUUUUAUGAUCGUGUUAGUGACUAUUAAAGUUGAAAGGAGAAACAUGAAUGCCCACCAGUUAACCACAGAACUACACAAGAUUUCUUGUUUUUAAGCAAAAAUAAACUUGGUUGUAUAUCUAAAAGAAUUAAACAAAGUAAACACUACUAAUACAACAUGACAGCUUAUAAAGACUUUUCUUUAAACUAUUUUUCAGUUCCUCCUGCACAAAUUUCCCUAACUCGUAAAAUCUUGAAUGUUUAUUAAUUUUUCCUGUGAGCAAACAAGUGUAUAUAUCAACCCUCUAGAAUUCACUUUGUUUUCUCUUCAGUGUUCCAGCUAUUCUCUAAGGUAAAAUAUUCCAUGGGCUCCUUUGAUUCAUAUUUGGCUAAGAAACCCUCUAAAUUGCUUUUAACCUCCAGACCUCCCUGCAACUCCUAUGUUUUCUGAUGUUUUAAGGCCUGCCAUCUUGAUUUCUAAUACCCUGCUUCAAUGGUUUUGAACUACAGUCACGUUCAUCCCCAGACUUUACCUGACAAAGGAACAGCAGUCUGAAAGCUCAUGAUUUCAAAUAAACCUGUUGGAUUAUAACCUGGUAUUGUGUGACUUCUGACUUUAGUCAAGUAAGAUCUCCUGCAGAUGCUGGAAUCCAAGGUGGACAAACAAGAGGCUGGAAGAACACAGCAAGCCAGGCAGCAUCUGGAGGAAAGGAGCCGUCAACGUUUUGGGUAUUCCCUUUCUUCAGGGCUGGGAGUCCUGAAGAAGGGUAAUACCUGAAACGUUGACUGCUCCUUUCUCCAGAUGCUGCCUGACUUGCUGUGUUCUUCCAGCCUCCAUUUGUCUAAGUAAGAUCUCCUGUCGUUUUAUGACCCUCACCACUUCAUUCUAACAUCUCUUUUAUUCUUUCAUGGCAUGUGGGCAUUGCUGGCAUGGCCAGCAUUUGUUGCUGAUUCUUUAAAUUAUUGGAUGUGGGUGUCACUGGUUAAGCCAGCAUUUGUUGCCCUUUCCUAAUUGCCCAGAGAGCAGUUGAGUCAAUCUUCUUGCUAGAUCUGGAGUCACACAUAGGCCAGAUCAGGUAAAGAUGGCAGGUUUCCUUCCCUAAAGGAUAUUAGUGAAUGUGAUUUUGUUUUUUUUUGACAAUUGACAAUGAUUACAUGGUUGCCAUUGUUGAUCCCAUCGUUUUUUUUAAAACUUGAAUUCAAAUUAAUAUUUCAUCUGCCAUGGUGCGAUUCAAACCCAUAAUACCAUAAGAUAUAGGAGCAGCAUUAGGCCAUUCAGCCUAUCGGUCUGCUCCACCAUUGAAUCACGGCUGAUAUGUUUCUCAACCCUAUUCUCCUGCUUCCUCCCAUGACUCUUGAUCGUCUUAUUAAUCAAGAUCAUAUCUAGCUCUGUUUUAAAUACAUUUAGUUACUUGGCUUCCAUAGCCUUCUGUGGCUAGGAGUUACACAGGUUUGCCACUCUCUGGCUGAAGAAAUUCCUCCUUAUCUCAGUUCUAAAGGGUCAUGCCUUCUCUGAAGCUGUGGCCUCAGGUCUUAGUCUUUCCUACUAGUGGAAACAUCUUCUCCACGUCCAGGCCUCUCAGUUUCUCUAAGUUUCAAUGGGAUCGCCUCUCAUCCUUCUACACUCCACUGAGUACAGAUCCAGAGUCCUCAACCGCUCCUCAUAUGACAAACCUUCAUUCCCAGCAUCGUUCUUGUAAACCUCCUCUGGACUCCCUCCAAAGUCAGCACAUCCUUCCUUCGAUAGGAGCCCAAAACUACAUAAUAUUCUGAAUGCGAUAUGACCAGAGCCUCAUACAGCCUCAGCAGUAAAUCCCCGUCCUUAUUUGUAUUCUAAUCUUUCAGAAUGAAUGCUAACAUUGCAUUUGCCUUCCUAACUGCCAACUGAACCUGCAUGUUAACCUUAAGAGAAUCCUGAACUGGGUCUUCUAAAUCCCUUUCUGCUUCAUAUUUCUAAAGCCUUUCCCCAUUUAGAAAAUAGUCUACACCUCGAUUCUACUCAACCAAAGUGCAUAACCUCACACUUUCCCAGACUGUAUUCUAUCUGCCACUUCUUUGCGCACUAAAUGUAAUCUCAAGGCAUUUAAAGGAAGAAAAGUUUUGAGAAACUUCAGUUAUGAGGAUAUUUUAGAGAUCUUGGGAUGGUUCUCCUUGAAGAGAAGUUUUCAAAAUUAUGAAAGAUUUGUAUUGAGUACAUAGGAAAAAAACUGUUCUCAUGCAUAAAACGAUCAAAAAUGAGAAGGCACAGAUUUAGAGGGAUUUCCAAAAGAAGCAAAUGUGAUGUAAAAAAAACAUUUCACACAAGUGGUUUGGGUGUCUGGCAUGCACUGCCUGGGAGUGUGGUGGAGGCAUGUUCAAUUGAGGCAUUCUAAAUAAUAUUAAAUGAUUAGUUGAAUAGAAACACUAUGCAAGGGCGUGGGAAAAAGGUUGAGUGUGCUAAGUCAUGAUUCUCGUUUGACAGCCGUUGCAGACAUGAUGGGCUGAAUGGCCGGCUUCUGCAACUGUAACAAGUCUGUGGUUCUGUGGAAAAUUUUUUUGGCAAUGUCUGACUUCACUCCCUUGCACUGGUCAAUAUUUAUUCUUUAACCGAUACCAGCAAAACAUCUGCUCACCUAGCCAUUUGCUAUUUGUAAGAUAUUGCUGUCUGCAACUUCAUGCCGCAUUUCUUGUUUUACAAUGGUAAUAUUUCAAAGGUACUUCAUUAGCUGUAAGUGCUUUGGGAGGGCCUGAUUUUGUAAAAAAGCACUGAAUGAAUGCAUAUCUUUCUUCUGUCCUUCAACAGACACUUUUGCUCCAUCCAUCCAUGUAACCCUCAAGUUGUAUCAGUUUCUUUGGGUUAAUUAUACCUUGUAAAUCCUUGGAAUUCUUUUUUUCUAAAGCUGGUUUCAAAUGCAAUAUCCUACCUGUUUACGAAGCCACUAAUUUCCAUCUCUCAGUAUUACCUGCAACUCCUCAUACAUCAUUCCCACUGCAGCUAAAACCCUAUCUCACUUUAUUACUCAUCUUUAGACACAAUUUCUCUAACAUUUCCCUUAUCAGACUAUCAUCCUCAUAAGCUUAAAAGCCCUGGUGAUGAAAGGUCAUCCAUCUGAAAUGUUAACUCUGCUUUUCUUUCCAUAAAUACUGCCCUCCUACUUCUACAUUGUGCUGCAUAAGUCUCACCAUUCCUUUUCCAUGGCUUUGCCCACUUUUCUUCUAUAUUUUUACUUUCUGCUUAAUGUUUCAUGCUGCAUUCUUUAGCCCCUAAAGUGUUGGUCUUCCGUUCAUCUCAUCAUUUUUUUGUUCCACUAAUAGUAGCAAACUUUCAAUCAUCUCAACCCUCUCCAUGAUAAUUGCUUCUAAACCUCUCCAUUACACACUUCUAUUUGAAAACUAUCCUCAAAAUUCCUGUUUCUGGACAGAUCAUCUGUAAUUUUGCUUAACUAAUGCACCAGAGCCAGUUAUCUAUUCUUUCACUCCUAUAUUUACCUUUUCUUCUGUGAAAUGUUUCCUGUCUAAAAGAUGCUGUAUAAAUACAAGUUCUUGUACGCAAUUUAGAAGAUCCUUUGAAUCUUCAACCCGCUAAAGUAAGGAAAAUUAAUAGAAAAAUCAUGGUUCAUUUAAGAUCACAAGGCUAAGGCUGAAGGAUCAUGAGAUUUUUGUCAAAUGUUUAAAGGUCAUUAGGCUUUAUCACACUAAUUAAUUGGCGAUCUGAAUUGUUUUGCUGACUGACCACUAAGCAGUGCCAUUGUCGAAGGAAAACUCAACAACAGACUUGGGCAAAACUUUAUACAUCAGAAGGUUUGUCUCAUGAGUUAGAAUACAGAAGUUAUCAACAGCUGAUGAACCUAACACAGUAUUGCGUGUGUAACAUUGUUAAAGCAACUAGUAAAUUAUUAUUUUACUGGUUUAAAAGAUUAUCUUAAGUUCUGAAAUGUCAGUUGGUUGAAUGUGAAUUUAAAAAUGAAAAGCAGUGAACUGUUUUUUGAUCAUUAUUAGAUAUACUAUGUCUAUAAUGUAUACUAGAUUUGGAAUUUCCUUAUCAUUCAGAAUUGUAAGUAAUAACUAUUAAACUUCCUUCUC